UCCUUGUUUGGGGGGAGACACAGGGGGCUGGCUCGUAGCAGAGAUGGGAAGCCCAGGGGCCGAUCAUCCCCCCUGCUCGGGGACAGGGACCCCGCUGUGCCAAUGCAGGCUGCCCACUCGUGCACCGAGUUCCCCCGUGCUCAGCCAGCAGCGUGAUAGCUGGGGGGGGGGGGGGGGGUGUCGCAGAGCUUUUGGGGGGGGCUGAGCCCCUGCUUGGGUGAGAUGCGGGGUGGGAGGUGAGGGCAGGGAGGGGGGACAAAAGCCAGGAGCGAGCAGGAGCAUCCUCCUGGUUCGGCUCCUCUCGGCUGGCUGCCUUCAGUGCGGAAAGAGCCCCUUGUCUGCUGGAUCAGCCGCUCCACUGCGCUCGUCCGGGCAGUGACGGAGGGGAAAAAAGCUUUAUGACUCCUGUGGAGAGGUGGGGAAAGGAAAGGGGCGCCCGGCUCCACGGCAGCUUCCCGAGAGGAGCAGGGCACGAGGCCGCCGGGGGGACGUGGAGCAGCCGCUCGGGUGCAUGGGCCCCAGUGGGGUCAGAGCGGGCUGGGCUCUACCUGCCAGGGAAAUAGGGUGAAGCUGGGUCUGGGGUCAGCAGCCCCAUGUGGGGAGGGAGAAGGGACUGUAUGGUGUCGUGUUUUGGGGUGGGAGCUGGUUUAGGAGCCUGGUAGGAGGUGGGGAGCCACAGGGUGGGAAUAGCCACCCCUGCAUGUCCUGCUGUGCUGUGCAGGGGGCUGGGGCACGCUCUGUGUGCCCCUAAAACAUAUUCUCCCUCCUGGCAGGCCAUGAUGGCAGCUCAGCUCUAACCCAGGAGGCCAGAACAGGUCUGGAGGUCCCCAUCCAAGUGAUGGUGGCACUGUGCUCGGGGAGCCGCUGCAAGGAUGCGUGAGGCCAAGCCCCUGAGCUCCUCCUGCCUGGUGCUUUCCUUGCUCUCCGCGCACUGGGCUUGGCUCCAGCUGGGCCAGGCUUUCCCCAGCACCGCCGACUACCUGCAGCGGGGCUGGCAGCGGCUGCUGGAGGAAGGGGAAGGCUGCGCCGAGUGCCGGCCGGACGAGUGCCCGGAACCUCGCGGGUGCCUGGCCGGCACGGUGCGGGACGCCUGCGACUGCUGCUGGGAGUGCGCCAACCUGGAGGGGCAGAUCUGCGACCUGGACAACACCAACCACUUCUACGGCAAGUGCGGGGAGCACCUGGAGUGCCGGCUGGACGCCGGCGACCUGCGGCACGGCGAGGUGCCCGAGCCCCAGUGCGCCUGCCUCUCCCACCGAGCCCUCUGCGGCUCCGACGGCAGGACCUACCCGCAGCUCUGCCGCUUCCUGGAGGCCGCCCGCGCCCGCCCCGAUGCCAACCUCACCGUGGCCCACGAGGGUCCCUGCGAGGCAGAGCCCCAGAUCACCUCCCCUCCCUACGACGCCUGGAACGUCACCGGCCAGGACGUCAUCUUUGGCUGCGAGGUCUUUGCCUACCCCAUGGCAUCCAUCGAGUGGAGGAAGGACGGCACCGAGAUGCUGCUGCCGGGGGAUGACCCCCACAUCUCUGUCCAGUUCAGAGGCGGCCCCCAGAGGUACGAAGUGACGGGCUGGCUGCAGAUCCAGGGCGUGCGGGUGACAGACGAGGGCACCUACCGCUGCUUCGCCAGGAACAAGGUCGGGGAGGUGGUGGCGUUGGCCAGCCUGACCGUCUUCACGCCGGACCAGCUCAACCUGACGGGCUCGUCCCUGCCGAAGCCCCGCACGGUGCCCGAGGACUACGGGGACAGCGAGGAGGACUACUACUAGCCCGGCACUGGGCUGUGCUCACCCCACGGGGGUGCCACCUCGUCCCAUGGGGCCCGUCCCUGGGGGUUGGGGUG